CUGUAGUUACUAAAAAGUUGGAGCAAAAUGGAUCUUACAGCCAAACAUGGGCUGGUGCUGCUCGACCAGCUGAGGAAGAUGAGGGAGACUGAACACCUGACAGACGUGGUGCUGGUUGCUGAGGGCAUUAGCUUUCCCUGUCACCGGGUUGUUCUAGCCGCCUUUAGCCCAUACUUCCGUGUUAUGUUCACAUGUGGCCUGCGUGAGUGCAACAACAGAGAAAUAUUCCUGCGUGACACCCCUGCAGACAGCCUGGCUCUCCUCUUGAACUACAUGUACUGCUCAGAUCUUCCUCUCACAAACGCCAAUGUGCAAGGCAUCUCUAUUGCAGCUUUUCUCUUGCAGAUGGAUGACGUCUUUAUGCAUUGUCGGCAGCACAUGACCGAGAACAUGGAUGCCUCCAACUGCCUUGGUGUGUAUUACUUUGCCCGUGACCUCGGUGCAGAUGACCUGGCUGACCAUGCUCAGCGUUUCCUGAGGCAGCACUUUGUCCAAGUCUGCCAAAAUGAAGAAAUCCUGGACCUAGAGGCCCAUCAACUGGGUAAGCUUCUGACUUCUGAUGACCUUAAUGUUUCACGAGAGGAGACAAUCCUGGAUGUGGUCCUUCGCUGGGUCAAACACAGCCCUCUGAUGGAUGGAGAGGUCCGUAUUCUGCACCUUCCAGAGCUCCUGAGGAAGGUCCGUCUGCCACUGAUAAACCCUGACUAUUUAAGAGAGGCGAUGAAGAGGAACAUGGCCCUGUUGUCUGAUGCUGAAUGUCUAGAGAUGCUCAAUGAAGCCUUGGAGGCCACAGCGAUGCAUCACUCAGCUGCACCACGCAAGCUAAAGCUGCGUUAUGGCAUGGAGACCACAGAUCUACUGCUCUGUAUCGGCAAUGACAGUGGUGGGAUUAGGUCAAGAUAUGGCAACUAUGCUGAGCGCAGCUUUUGCUAUGCUCCAUCCACAGGCCGAAUCUAUUAUAUCACUUCCCCUCGCUACGGAGAGGCUCUGGGUUACGUGUGUGCCGGGGUUGUAACUGAAAGAAAUGACAUUAUUGUGGCAGGAGAGGCAAGUGCACGCAGAAUGGCCCGACAGAAGGACAUGAAUGUUGAGAUUUACAGGUACAAAGUAGAGGCCCAAGGAAGCUGGGAGCGAUUGACAUCAGCAGAGUACCGUGAUUCAUACGCUCUGGGAUCACUGGGUGACACUCUGUACCUGCUGGGUGGGCAGAUGAAGCUGAAGAACCAGUUUCUCAUCACUAACUGCGUGGAGCGAUGGUCUCUGCAGGGUGGCCCCUGGCGCAGUGCAGCACCCCUGCCUAUGCCUUUGGCCUAUCACAGCGUGGUCAGAAUCAAAGACCGCCUUUAUGUGAUAGGGGGUCGAACACCACAGUCAUACCGGAUGGAUGAUGAGCCUGACCGUCUUAGUAACCGCCUCCUGGAGUAUGAUCCAAACACAAAUAAGUGGACAGAGCUAGGGCCCAUGAAGUACUCAAAGUACCGCUGCAGUGCUGUUGUACUCAACGGUGAAAUUUUCGUGAUGGGUGGUAUUGGAUGUGAGGGUGUGGACCGUGGGCAGUCACGUCACUGCCUCGAUGUUGUGGAGACCUACAACCCAGAUGGAGACUACUGGAGGGAUGGUCCUCCUCUCCCGUGUGCACAACUCUCACUGCGCACCAACGCCCCUAACGCAGGAGUGGUGGGAGGCAAGAUUUAUGUGUGUGGAUACUACAAAGGAGCAGAUCGUCAUGAUGAUAUAACAAAGGACAUUUUGGAGCUGGACCCAUGGGAAAACCGGUGGACAGUGGUGGCUCGGCGCGCUCUGAUGCAUGACAAUUAUGACGCCUGCUUAGUGGCAAAUCUCAACCCAAGGGGACUCAUGUCCCCACCUGCAGACUUAGUUAAACUGUGACACUCGGGUCAUAUCAGAUCAAAGUCUGUAAGGGAGAAUUAGUGAAGGAAAUUAAUUAUUAAUUAAUGCACUUAUUGCUGGGCCAAAGGCAUUCAUUUUUUCAAGCAGAACAGGUCUUAGUGCCCUGCCUGAAAG